GUGUAAGUAACCGUUUCGUCAGCGCGACACAUUCGUGUCCUGAGGCAGUCUGAGCCGCUGUCUGUCGAGUUACUCCGUUACUUCUUUACGUCGCUGUUAGAAACCAGCAGUUUAUAUUUGUUGAAACUACGUUUUUAAAGUAUUUCUUUGAGCGGGAAACUUUUCAUCUUUUUUUCAGCCGUUUUCUCGUAAAGGACUAAAGAGACACGAAGUUCCUGCGUUGCUAACUCGCGAUAGCAGUUAGCGUCAACACUUUACGUCACUUUAAAAGUGAACGCACGGGGAGCUAAUUUAAGCUAACUGCUAUCUGACUGUGACGUAGCUCAAACUAUUAACAGCACUGUGUGUUGUAAUUCGGCUUCUGUUUUGGGGAACUUUUCGCUGUACUUUGACCCAACUUCGCUGUCUAAAACUCCGGAACUUCCGCGGAAAUGGAGCCUAAAAGUUGACCGUAAGUUAGAGGAACCCUGGCUGGAAGGGCAGCGUCACAUUAAAAGUGAACGCACGAGGAGCUAAUUUAAGCUAACUGCUAUCUGACUAUUACGUAGCUUAAACUAUUAACAGCACUGUGUGUUGUAAUUCGGCUUCUUUUUUGGGCAACUUUUCGCUGUACUUUGACCUAAAAACUGUAAAAACUCCGGAGCUUUCAGGUGAACUUCGGCGGAAAUGGAGCCUUAAAGUUGACAGUAAGUUAGAGGGACCCUGGUGGGAACAGGCAAAGUCACGUUUUCGCCCCAGUUUGCUGAUAACUACUAUCGGAGUUGGUGGAGCAGCUAGGCGGGAUGGCCGGGGACUCCACUGUUAACUUCAGCCUCCUCCACCGGACCUGUAAGCUGGUGGUGCUGCUGUGUUUCCUCCACAUCUCCGUCACUGUCUUCUUCUAUGUCCGGUCUCUGGACAUCCCGUCCGCUUUCGCCCGGAACCAGCAGUCGCAUAGCAACAGCACCACGAUCAGAAACAUCCCAGAAUUAACCCCCGGACUGGCGCUAAAGAUCACCGAAACCAAGAAUCAGAAAGACCAAACCAAGGAGCAGGCAGCCAACGUGAAGAAGGCAGAGGAACCAGAGAAGAAGAAGGCAGAGGAACCAGAGAAGAAGAAGGCAGAGGAACCAGAGAAGAAGAAGCUGGAGAAAUGUCCUGAAACAUCUCCUCUGCUGGUGGGCCCUCUGCGUGUGGAGUUCAACAUGGCGCUGGACCUGCAGCAGGUUGAGAAGGAGAAUCCCAACCUGCGGCCCGGGGGCCGGUCCUGGCCCACGGCGUGCACGGCCCAGCAGAAGGUGGCCAUCAUCAUCCCCUUCAGGAAGCGAGAGGAGCACCUCAAGUUCUGGCUGUACUACCUGCACCCCAUCCUGCAGCGGCAACAGCUGGACUACGGGGUCUACGUCAUCAACCAGGAUGGAGACGAGACGUUUAACCGAGCGAAGCUGCUGAACAUCGGCUACGUGGAGGCUCUGAAGGAGUACGACUACGAGUGCUUUGUCUUCAGCGACGUGGACCUGAUCCCCAUGGACGACCGCAACACCUACAAGUGCUUCAGCCAGCCGAGACACCUGUCGGUGUCCAUGGACAAGUUUGGCUUCAAGUUACCUUAUAAUCAAUAUUUUGGAGGCGUUUCCUCGCUGAGUAAAGAACAAUAUCUGAAGAUCAACGGCUUCCCCAACAACUACUGGGGCUGGGGAGGGGAGGACGACGACAUCUUCAACAGGCUCUCAUCUAAAGGAAUGUCCAUCUCCAGACCGAGCGGCGAGACGGGGAAAUGUCGCAUGAUCCGCCACCAGAGAGACAAACAGAACGACCCCAAUCCUCAGAGGUUUAACCGGAUCGCUCACACCCGAGAGACGAUGCACACAGACGGGAUCAACUCUCUGACGUACCGCGUGGUGAAGGCCGAGAAGUUCCACCUGUACACGCUGAUCACCGUGGACGUGGGGAAACCAUGACGACCGCGCCCACAGCAGUAAAAGUCCCCUGGUCCUGGUCCUGGUUCUGGUUCUGGGUCUCCAGCGGGACGGACUUGUUGUUUUUGCACAAACACGCGGCAGCGAAAAGCUCUGCGUGGUUUCUCUUCAUCUUUCUGCCGGACGCUCGGACACUGCUGCGACACAUCAUGAACAGGCCUUUUAUUUUGAAAAUCACUCAGGCCUUUUAUUUUGAAAAAUCAGUCGGACAAUCAGGUGUUACUGGGUGUCCCGGUGUGGGGGUCUAUCGGUGAGGGAUUGUGGGUAAUAAACAGGGUGGGGUUGGAUCCUCUCUGAUCCAGAUUCUGGGUUUUUAGGUUGUUUUUGAUUUCGAGGCGGUCCAAAAGGCUGGAACCACGCUGUAACCACUUCACUGCUCCUGACCUGACCUCUGACCUCACGGUCUAGAAGACACCAAAUCCUCCUCAGCUCGAGGUCCACUCAGCCGUACGUCUCUGUGUCUGUGUGUGAAAUCAUAAUCAGGAGAUUAAUUCAUGUUUCCUUUCUUUCUUUCUUUUGUUUUUUGAUAAAAAACUUUGAUGUGAUUAAUUUAAAAGCUGCAAAAUGUAACCAAAAAUCUGUUAAUGCAGGGUUUCCCCCGGUGGCGAGGGAGAAGUCCCAGCGUUCCUGUAACGCCCGAUAGUUUCUGUGAUAACAAACGGCAUCGCAAAAUACAGAA